AUGAUUACGUUUGGAAGAUUAUUUGUUGCACUCUGCAUUGUUGCCUGCCUUACCGAUAAAGCUUUAGGUGGUACUAUUCUUUUUCUUAACCUUAUUGCUCUUUUGAUUCGUAUUGUCAGUGACUUGGAAGCUGGCAGAGAACCCUCAAUUAAGCAACUCGAGUCUGAUUUUGUUCCAUCUUUCGAGUACAUCACCCAUUUUAACGACCCGGAAAGCGUAGACAACUUCGAAGACAACAGCGAUAUCAUUAAACCCAUCUCAACUGCUAGCUCGGAAAGCAGCUAUAGCCAGUGCUCUGUUAGCGAAAAUUUUCGCGAGAAUCUUGGUUCUGAAUCUGAAAACGAAUACCGUCAAGAUGUUACCGAGGAUUCAUCUUUCAUUGAAGGCAAGGAUUUACAUAGCGAACCAAGAAAUGGAUUACAUAUUGCGUCUGACCCUGUUUCAUGA